CUUAAAAUUAAAUCCGAUGAUGAAAUGACACACACUCAUCCCUCAUGCCACUUCCGUCCCACAUCUGGUCUCACCAAGACAUGAACGCCGGCAUCCCUGAUGCACCUCCUCUAAGAUGGCGAGCAUCAAGGCCUCAUUGAAGGCUAUUAUGGAUGCCAUUCGCCAACAAAAAUGGGACGAUGCUCUAGCACAGACCGAAAAUGUCAUCGCCAGAGAUGCGCGUAAUUACCAAGCCCAUGUAUACAAGGCCUUCGCCUUGGACAAGAAGAACCAAUCGGAACUGGCCGAAGCCGCCUACCUAACUGCUAUCGGUAUUCGAUCCGAUGCUCAAGCAUGGCAAGGCUUAAUUAAGAUUUACGAGAAGCAAGGCUCGAAGGCCGUCCAGAAAUAUCAGCUAGCUGCUCUCAAGCUUGCAGAAAUCUACAGAGAUUCCAAUGACAUGUACAAGUGUCAGGACGUCGUUGACAAAUUUAUUGACUUCGCUCGUGCCUGUGGCGAUCGAGCUCAAUACGUCCAGGCCCUUCAUCUCAUACUUCCUAAUAGUCCCAUAUAUCCUGCUCUGGAAGGCCGUGUUCCUCAUCCUGCCAAAACUUACGAGACAAUAGCUCAGAUCCUGGAGGUGGACGAGAAGAAACGCAUCAACACGCUCAUCGGUGAGCGCCGUACACGAUUGGGAGCUAAGCUUAGUGAAGUCACCCUCGAGGUCAACAGAGAAGUUCUAUGUCAAAGUGAGCUAUGCAAUAUCUACGAACAGCUCACGCUUUGGGCUCAAGAUGACGAUGUCCGACGCCAAUAUGAGGAGAAAUUGCUUCAAUUUCGAUACGACCGCCUUCUGGUUACCCCACCCCCAGGCAAACCUGCCGAGCUUCAAGUGGUUCAGAAGCUGGCGAAUGAUAUGGUUAUCAUCAAGCACCCUUUUAAGCUUGCUUGGGACAUAGCGGUCGAAUGGCGUGAUCACAAAGAGAUUAAGGACUGGGACGUCAAUGUACUCAAUGAAUAUUGUUCCUUCUUCCCGGAUAGUGAUCUCUAUCGCGUCUUGACCGGGUUCAUGACGAGCGACUUGUCGCCUUUUCCGAAGAAAGCGGCAGAGGCUCCGGCUCCCGCCCAGAUAUCUGGGGCGGAUGACGAAAGCUCAGAUGAUGAGGAUGGCGGCGCGCCGACCUCGGUGAUACCGUACACUGAUGAGGACAGGCUCUUAAUGAUGACUGAGGGUAUCUCGACUACUAAAUCGCUUCUUGCCCACAGACUGAUGGGCGAAUACUACCAGCAUCUCGAAGAGCACGAAAGCAAUGUCGAACUUAUGAGGAAGGCAAUGAAAAUCAUGGUUGCGGAAACGGACAAGACGGGUAAAGUCUUCGCGAAUGCCAACCAAUCUUUUAUGCUCUAUUUGGGUACUGCAUUGGUGUUCUAUCAAUCUCCGAGAAAUCACGGCGAAGCCAAAUUCCUUUUUGAUAAGGUGCUAGAAACAGAUCCUACAUCGACAUCGGCUAUGAUCGGUGUCGGUCUAAUUUAUGAGGAAGAGGAGGAGUUCGACCAGGCGAUUGAUUUCCUGGGACGAGCACUCGAAGGCGAUAGUGGCAACCUCCGUGUACGUGCUGAGGUCGGAUGGUUAUAUGCGCUGAAGGGAGAUUAUACGCGCGGCAAGGCAGAACUCGAAUCACUUUUGCCACUGAUGCUGCGUGCUUCGGUUUCCAAGGAUUUACUGGCACAGACACAGUACCGACUAGGUUGCUGUGUUUGGAAUAUUGAUACUUCGAAAUCUGCUAGGAAAAGCCGCACUGGUGCCUACGCGUACUUCCUAGAUGCGUUGAAGAGUAACUUCAACUAUGCGCCGGCGUAUAGUAGUCUCGGUAUCUACUAUGCAGAUUAUGCCAAAGACAAAAAAAGGGCUCGGAGAUGCUUUCUCAAGGCCGUUGAGCUCUCCUCGGCUGAAGUCGAAUCUGCUGAAAGGCUUGCACGAUCAUUCGCCGAUGACGGGGAUUGGGACCGAGUCGAACUUGUGGCACAACGAGUGGUGGAUUCGGGCAAAGUUAGGCCCCCUCCUGGAUCCAAGAAGAAGGGGAUUAGUUGGCCUCUAUCUGCUUUGGGAGUGGCUGAACUUAAUAAGCAAGAUUAUGCCAAAGCUAUCGUGUCAUUUCAACAAGCAUUACGAAUAGCUCCCGCAGACUACCAUUCGUGGGUCGGUCUCGGGGAAAGCUACCAUAAUUCUGGACGAUAUAUCUCUGCGACCAAAGCGAUUCAAAAUGCCCAGAAAUUUGAGGAGCGUGAGGAUGGCGACAAGCUCGGAGAUACUUGGUUUACUAAGUAUAUGCUCGCUAAUGUUAAGCGCGAGCUUGGCGAAUUUGACGAUGCUAUUUCUCUAUAUCGCGAGGUCAUAUCGGCACGACCGGGCGAAGAGGGUGUCGCCAUAGCUUUAAUGCAAACCAUGGUUGAAAAUGCCCUGGAUUGUGUUGAGAAGGGCUUGUUCGGAAAAUCAGCCGAGCUAGCCACCGAAGCUUUAUCUUUUGCCCUCACUGUUCCCACUCACAUAGCUACCACGUUCAACUUCUGGAAGGCAGUUGGCGAUUCAUGUUCUAUCUUCUCUUCUGUCCAAAGUCACAUACAUGAUUUCCCUACUGACAGCAUUCGAACACUACUCAACCUAGGCUCCGAAGAAAAAUCCGCCUACGCAGCGUUAGAGGACGUUGAUGGUGUGGGCAAAGGUGUUAUCUUAGCUGAAGGCAUCUUUCCAGACGACGAACAGCUUGGAGUGGAUCUCACGAGAAGUCUUCAUGCAACUAUUCUGGCUCACAAGCGAGCAAUCUACGAGUCGGCUAAUGACAUUCAUGCUCAAGCUGUUGCAUAUUAUAACCUAGGCUGGGCCGAAAAUCGAGCUCACCUCUGUCUUCCUUCCGAGCUUCGUGUCCAAUCCAGCAGGUACCAGAAGGCUGCCAUUCGAUGCUUCAAGCGCGCUAUAGAACUUGAAGCCGGCAACCCAGAAUUUUGGAAUUCGCUAGGUGUUGUCACGAGCGAAAUCAAUCCCUCUGUAGCGCAGCAUGCAUUCGUCCGGAGUCUAUUUCUCAAUGAACGAAGCGCACAUGCAUGGUCGAAUCUUGGGACUUUGGCACUGCUUCAGAAUGAUAUUCAACUCGCAAAUGAGGCCUUUACGCGAGCUCAAUCCAAUGACCCUGAUUAUGCCCAUGCCUGGCUAGGCCAAGGCUUUGUUGCACUUUUAUACGGUGACACCAAAGAAGCGCGUGGUCUUUUCACUCACGCAAUGGACAUCUCGGAGUCAUCUUCACUUUUAACUAGGCGUCAGUAUCCAACGUCCUUAUUCGACCAUAUCCUGACAAACCCCCCGAAUUUAAGCGUUACGUCUCUUAUCCAACCGCUAUUCGCUCUCGCCCAACUACGACAUCUUAAUCCGCAAGGCCUUUCUUACCAGCAUCUUUCGACUCUAUAUCAAGAGCGAACCCACGACAACCUGAGAGCGAUAGAUACACUCGAGAAAGCUUGCGAACAACUGGAGGCAGACUAUGAAGCUACCGAGUCUGCAGAGUCUCUUGCGCGAUUUGCCUUAGCUAAGACAGAUCUCGCGCGGUCGUACCUCUCAGCCGGUGAAUAUGCGAAGGCUUCUGAGUGCGGGGAGAUGGCUUUGCAGUUGAGCAGCGAUGAGUCUGCGAAUGAGCUUACGGCUGAGCAACGCAAGAGAGCUCGACUAUCAGCACAUCUGACUGUUGGCCUAGCUGAGUAUUUCUCUGGGAAUGUCGAAGCAGCCGUGUCGUACUUCGAGACUGCGCUUGACGAGUCUGAUGGCAACCCUGAUGCUGUCUGCGUUCUAGCUCAGAUGUUGUGGGCUACGGGUACUGAAGAAGCUAGAGAAAGGGCACGCACUAUACUAUUUGACGUGAUUGAGAAGGACUCAACCCACGUACAAUCCGUACUUCUCCUAGGGAUCAUCGCGUUGCUAGACGAGGAUGAGGAGUCGCUAGAAGCCGUGACUUCAGAGCUCCAAACACUUCGCACCAGUGAUAAGGUCACCGAUGCAGAACAUUCUCAAAUUGGAGAGGUAUUCCGUGCCGUUGCUGCCUUAUCGGAGAACAGCUCGGAUGAAGACGUCUUAACUCAACUCCAAAACGACGUUAUGUUAUACCCACAUUUACCAUACGGAUGGUCUAGGUUAGCCGAUGUUAGUAGGGAAGAAUAUCCAGCAGACAUGGCCCUGAAGGUAGCAUUGAAAGCUAUUCCACCAAGAGGUGAACUUGGAGCUGUGGACCUUGCUGAUGCAUAUGCUGGAACCGGGAAAGCCGCUGAUGCUCAGACUGCAAUCUUCAUCGCUCCCUGGAAUAGUAGUGGUUGGGAAUCCUUAGGUAGUGUGGUCGCCUCCUAAAAUCGCACUACUGGUUCUCGGUAUGUUACAACCCUUUUCCCCCUCUGUUACCUGGUGUUAUGGUGUUGUGAUGAUAUAUGGAUACCCUAAACAUGUUUCAAGACGGGGCUGAGAUCUUCAUUGAUGCAUAAAUAUCCAAUCUGAUGCGGGACACCACUCAUCGAACUUUAUUUUUCCAAAACUAUUUCUCGGAUGGUUAGCUAACCACUCUUUAGGCACACUUGAUACCA